GCAGGAGUUGGCUUCCUCUUUUCGAACCGUAUUCUGGGCGUAGACAAGUCACGAAUACUACCUUCCUGUGGGUUGCCGAUACCUAACAGUAUCCGUAUGUGCUUGAAAUUGGCUUUCCUGAGUCCAGUACCUUGUCUGAGUACCUGAGGCUCUCCCUCGUAUUCCGGAGCAGCGUCCGUUAGCUCGAUGAAUUGUCUUGUUGCUGUAGGAUGCUGUCUUGUUAUCUGUGUAGGCACAAAUAAGGGGUCCAACCUAGAUUCGGGGUCGAGAGGAAGGGAGAGAAAGGCGUUAACUGCACCUAUCCGUGGCGGAGGUAGGGAAUCCAAUCGUCACCCCUCGUUGCCUCUCCUUUGGCGUAGUGAAAAAGUGUGCUUACGGAGUAAGGUAAGAAGUGAGAAGGAUGUUGGAACUUGGAAGUGACCCCAAACCGUCACAGAGUCUCUUGCCUUUGCUAU